AUGAAAACAAAUGAAUCGCUAAGAAAUAAUCUAUCAAUUUUAUUUAUUCUUAAUAUUAUUGCUUUCUGCAAUGCUGUUCAAGUUUAUACAAAUCAUUUUUAUGUGAACACUCGAACUGAAGGAAAGGAAAAUGCACAUAAUAUAGCUAAACGAAAUGGUUUUAUCAAUCGUGGAGCGGUGUUGAAUUCCAAUACGGAAUGGCACUUCAUACAACCCGCACUAUCACAUGCACGAACAAAACGAUCUGUUGUUCAUCAUUUUAAACUAAAAAAUGAUAACGAUGUGGUCCACGUUGAGCAAUUAGUUGGUUUUAAACGUGUUAAGCGCGGUUACAGAGCUUUAGAAGAACGAUUACAAGGCCAACUUGAUUUCACAUCCAUUCAUUCACCAACCGAUCCAUUAUAUCCUUACCAGUGGUACUUGAAAAAUGUUGGGCAAGCAAAUGGUAAGCCAAGACUUGAUUUAAAUGUUGAAAAAGCUUGGGAACUCGGAUUCACUGGUAAAAAUGUAACAACAGCUAUAAUGGACGAUGGAGUGGAUUAUAUGCAUCGCGAUUUACGCAAUAAUUUUAAUGCUGAAGCAAGUUAUGACUUUAGUUCGAACGAUCCUUUUCCAUAUCCGCGAUACACUGAUGAUUGGUUUAAUUCGCAUGGAACAAGAUGUGCUGGUGAAAUAGCAGCUGCGCGUGAUAAUGGUAUUUGUGGUGUUGGUGUUGCUUAUGAUAGUAAAGUAGCUGGAAUACGCAUGUUGGAUCAACCGUACAUGACUGAUCUUAUUGAGGCGAAUUCGAUGGGACAUGAACCGAAUUUGAUUCAGAUUUAUUCAGCAAGCUGGGGUCCAACUGAUGAUGGAAAAACUGUUGAUGGUCCACGCAAUGCAACGAUGCGUGCAAUUGUAAAAGGAGUUAAUGAAGGUCGAAAUGGUCUUGGCUCGAUAUUCGUCUGGGCCAGUGGUGAUGGUGGUGAAGAUGAUGACUGCAACUGUGAUGGCUAUGCUGCCUCAAUGUGGACAAUAUCUAUUAAUUCGGCGAUUAAUAGUGGUGAAAAUGCUCAUUAUGAUGAAAGCUGUUCGUCAACAUUGGCGUCUACUUUUUCAAAUGGUGGUCGUAAUCCGGAAACUGGUGUUGCUACAACUGAUCUUUAUGGCCGAUGUACUAGAUCGCACAGUGGAACAUCUGCUGCAGCACCUGAAGCAGCUGGAGUUUUUGCUCUUGCCCUUGAGGCUAAUCCUAAGCUUACUUGGCGUGAUAUGCAACAUCUGACAGUACUCACUUCAUCACGAAACUCUCUUUUCGAUGGUAGAUGCCGAGAACUUCCGAACUUAGGACUCGACGAUGAUGUUCAUCAUAAAACUAAUGAAAACUGCUCGCAUUUCGAAUGGCAAAUGAAUGGAGUCGGUCUUGAAUUCAACCAUCUUUUUGGAUUUGGUGUGCUUGAUGCUGCUGAAAUGGUUAUGCUUGCUAUGGUUUGGAAAACUUCGCCACCAAGAUUCCAUUGCGAAGGUGGCACCAUCGCUACUCCUCAUGAAAUACCGGCUAAAGGAAAUCUGGUUUUGGAGCUAAAUACAGAUGCAUGUCUUGGAACAAAUACUGAAGUUAAUUAUUUGGAACACGUACAAGCUGUUAUAACUUUAAAUAGCACUCGACGUGGUGACACCACAUUAUAUUUGGUGUCACCAUCUGGAACAAGAACUAUGAUACUAUCACGACGCCCGAAAGACGAUGAUAACAAAGACGGGUUUACAAAUUGGCCAUUUAUGACGACUCAUACUUGGGGAGAAAAUCCUCGAGGCAAAUGGCGACUUAUUGCAAGAUUCCAAGGCAAAGGUCAUCAUCAUGGUACACUGAAGAAGUUCACAUUAAUGUUGCAUGGUACAAAAGAUCCACCAUAUGCUGGAAUUGAACCACUUGAAGGUCAUGUGAAUAGUAAACUACAAGUAGUACAAAAAGCUCAUAAACGUUCAGCAUAA